GGUUGAAGACCGCUUUAGAACGUCGGAAACCUGUUCAAAGAUCGAAGACACGGCCGUUCCGGCUACAUCUGGCGGCCGGAUCGGAACGUUGAAAACCUGUUCCAUACCGAGCUAUGUCGUGUGUACGUAAUGGAAUGUUGAGCGUAAAGUCGAAAUUCUCGUAAUCGGAAACGUUCUUGGAUUCUCGUUUAUCCGUCUUAGUGGUGCGCAUCGAACGUGAACGAACGGAAGAGAAGGAAAGCUCUUCUUUUGCUCUUUCCUUUUUCUUCUUCUUCGUCUAUUUCUUCUUCGAUGCAUUUAUGUUUUGCUUUUGUCGUCUCUGUCGAAAAUAUCCGUUCUUGUUUGAAAUAUCCGUCAUGUUUCAAAAAUAUCAUCCGACUUGAUUGACGUUUCGAUCCAAACGAAAAAGUGUUUAGAAAUUUGAUUCUCUCAUUUCGGUAUGGUAGAAAGUAAUUGUUGCUUUUUCUUUUUUUUUUUUUUUUCUUUUUUCUUUUUUUCUCUCGAUCUGGCGAUACCAUCAUCAAAUAAAGAGGAUAAAUCUGCAUGAAGAUAUAAGUCAAAAAUGUUCAGUGACAUUUUCUUUUCCUACGAAAUUUUAUUUCCGAAAACAUCGAUGUUGAAGAUUUUUCGUUGAAGAUUUAUCUAAUGAUUUAUGAUUUCCAAAUACUAACUUAAAUGUUUAAAUUUGAUUACUUUUAAUCAUAAAAAUGAUCUUUCGUUUGACGACUCUUCUAUUUACUGUUACUAUUCAAAGUCAUUUACACAACGCCGAAUAUGUCAAAUCAGUAUUACGGAGUUUUAUUCUCUACGCCGAGUGUAUGUUUACUUAUGCGCAUUCAUCCGUGAGACUCUUAACAGUACGUCAUUGUGCUUUGGAUUCAAUUGGUUAAGUGUAUAAGGGUCUGGACAUCGUUACCGCCAAGGUGACCAAGGAAGAAAAGCAAAUGGCGGUUCAUCACAUGCUGGACAUCGUUGAUCCUCUCACCUAUUUUUCCGUCAUCGACUUCAGGGAUAUGGUGCUACCGAUUGUGGACGAUUUACUAUUGAAGAAGAAGAUGCCGAUCGUCGUUGGUGGUACGAAUUAUUACAUAGAGUCUGUACUUUGGAAAAUACUCGUUUCGAAAGCGAAGAAAAAUUCUCAAAACGAGAUGGAUCAAACGAAAAUGAUUUUAAGCGAUAACGACAAGAAAAAUAGAGAUGAGAACACACAGGAAACGUUGGAAAGAAGUGAAACGGAAGACGAGUCUUCGCCUUCAAAGAAGAUGAAGAUCGACGGGUGGACGAGCGAGGAGACGAACGAGGUGCUAUAUCGUAGAUUGGCCGAAAUUGAUCCGGAAAUGGCACAGCGACUUCAUCCUAAUAAUAGACGGAAGGUUAUAAGAUCCUUGGAAGUCUUCGAGGAAUACGGAAUUACGCAUAGUGAGAUUUUAAAAACACAACGAUUGGCUGGUGGUUCAGGAUUGGGUGGCCCAUUACGUUAUCCUAAUUCAAUUAUUUUAUGGCUUCGUUGUGAUAAGAAAAUUCUUGAUGAGCGGCUAAGUCAAAGAGUCGAUUCCAUGAUCCAAGCUGGUUUGGUAGACGAGCUACUCGAUUUUCAUCGUAGGUACAACGAACAAAGGAUUAAGUCCAACACGUCACCUGAUUACACGAAAGGCAUCUUCCAGAGCAUUGGCUUCAAAGAGUUUCACGAUUACCUCAUAUUACCAGAAGAGGAGAGGGCAAGCGAGAAGGCAGAGAAGCUACUUAAACAAGGUCUCGACGAUUUGAAAAUGGUUACAAGAAGAUAUGCUAAUAAUCAACAAAAAUGGAUCAGGAAUCGCUUAAUGCGUCGAACCGAUAGACAGGUACCACCAUUGUAUGUAUUGGACUGCACCGAUUUGACUCAAUGGAAAUCUAAUGUUUUUGAUAAAGCUGUCUCAAUAAUUUCUACGAUAUUACGAGGCGAAAAACCAGAAGAAAAACCUAUUAAUGAAAAUGUCGAGAAUCAGAAAAAUACUGAUAGCAGUAAUGAAGUGCAACAUUAUUGUGAAAUUUGUGAAAGAAUAUUCAUCGGUGAAUUGCAAUGGAAUGCACAUAUAAAUGGAUUAAAGCAUAAGAAAAUUUUGCAACGCAUGAGAAAAAUGGAAAAACAAAAUUCCGGAAGUUAAAUACUCACAAAUUGAUACCAGAUUUCAUUGAUACAAUAUUGUAUAUAUGUAUAUCAAUAGAUAUAUAUUUGACUAUUCUAAAGAUAAGUAAUUUUUAUAUUUUUGAAUGGAAGUAUUUAACAAUGGUCGAUAAGCUAGAUUGGUAUUGUAUCGAUAUAAGAUAAUGUAGUUUUACUUUUUUAUAUUAAAGUACCAUAAGAUGUUCAUACA